UAUCUGUUGAUAUAAUUGGCCGUGAGAUUUGGGGUUGCGAUAGCGAAACUCGGCCCAUCGCCGCUCCGACGGGGCCCCCAUGAUUUAUUCAGCAGCGGCUCGGGGCACGCAAGCGGGGCUGGCAGGAGCGUCAGCAACUUCUGCGUGAUUCCAGGAGAGGGUCGAAGCUAUAAAAAUCCCGCACCCCGGCUCUCGUUAGGACCAAAUCUCAUCCCAAGUUCACCAGGAACCGGCUCCGAGGGAGAACGAGAGGAAAAGGACCCACCGAGCCCCACCGCCUGCCCCGUCCCGUCCUGCUGCCGCCGCCCCGGGUUUGGGCCCCGACCAUGAAGAUCCCGCUGCUGGUCUCCACGGGAAUCCUGCUGGUCGCCCUCCUGCCCUGCCAGGAGUGCAGAGCCCUCAGCAAGAGCCCGGGAGCUGCCCACGGGGCUCUGCCCCAGACAGAUUUCUUCCAGAAGCAGCAGCAGCAGCAGCAAACUCUGCCCGUCCUGCUCCGCAUGGGAGAAGAGUAUUUCCUGCGCCUGGGCAACCUCAACAAGAGACCCGUUGGCUCUUUCUCCCCCUCUUCCAUCAGCACCAGCCACCUACAACCCGAAGCCUCUGCCAGCAACUUUUUCCGGGCGGCGGUUCCGGAGCUGCCCGAGCGCUCGCUGGGAACCCCCGAGGAGGGCGAAGCCGAGGGUGAGGCUGUGGAGAGGGAGAAGCGAUCCGAGGAACCCCCUAUUUCUCUGGAUCUGACUUUCCACCUCCUGCGAGAAGUCUUGGAGAUGGCCCGAGCCGAGCAGUUGGCGCAGCAAGCUCACAGCAACAGGAAACUGAUGGAGAUAAUCGGGAAGUGAGCCGGCCCCUCCCCGCCUUGCCAAAGAGAUUCCGCAGUUAGCACAAGAACACCGACACCGUCCGACCUACAUCGUGCUGCUCUGAGCUCAUCUCUUUAUUUUUAUAGAGCUUUAAACCUAGAAGGGUGCACUCCGACCAGCCUCUCUCCCUCGACUAGCAUGCACAAGCGUGUACCAAGUGCAGGACCACCACAGUCUCCUCCCUAACCCCCCCUCUACCUUUAUUUAUUUCUCCCUUUCCCCAUCCUUCUCGUGCCAUCGCUGCCCGGGGUCGUGUGAGCAAGCAGUGGUGCCCGGAAGGCAGAUACCUUCUCUGCUGGGGGCAGGGAGGCGGGAGGGGGAAUCUCUGUAAGCUACUUUCAAUCCACUUCUUUUGGGUUCCCUCCUUCUUCUUCUU